AUGGCAGAUGGAGAUCACUCUCCUGCAGGGCCAUUUGAUACCCGUGAAAGGCAACUUUCUGCCCUAAAUGAAUCAGGUGACCAAGCAGUUGGAUACAGACACGUUGAAAAUCCCGUCUGCCUCUAGUGUGGCAGCACCAGAGACAAGAUGACGUUCAUCGCAAAGACUUUUUACGACCUGAGGGCCACCACGCUGGAGGGAGACUCGGUGGACUUCAAUGUGUUCAGAGGACGGGUGGUCCUCAUAGAAAAUGUGGCCUCACUCUGAGGAACCACCACCCGGGACUUCAGCGAGCUCAACCAGCUGCAGAGCAAGUACCCCCAUCGGCUGGUGGUCCUGGGUUUUCCUUGCAACCAGUUUGGCUACCAGGAGAACUGCACCAAUGGCGAAAUCCUGAAUUCACUGCAGCACGUGCGUCCAGGUGGAGGGUUCAAGCCCAUCUUCACUGUCUUUGAGAAGUGCGAUGUCAAUGGAACAAACACACAUCCAGUCUUUGCCUAUCUGAAAGACAAACUCCCCUAUCCUGAUGACGACCCAAAUUCUCUCAUUCAGGACCCCAAAUUUCUGGUUUGGAGUCCCAUCAGCAGGACGGAUAUCUCCUGGAACUUUGAGAAAUUCCUCAUCGGGCCAGAGGGUGAACCCUUUAAGAGAUACAGCAAAAAAUUCCCCACCAUUGACAUAGAGCCUGACAUUCAAAGACUGUUAAGAUUAACCAAGAACUAA